UUCAAUAAAUAAUUUAUUGAUUUAAAAAAGUGCUGCUAUUCAAACAUGGUGAAUACUUUUCUGCGGUGGAAACAAAUUAGCUACCCCAAACGUCAGUUGGCAAACUCGACAUCUCUUAACUCCUACUCAACAUAACAAGAAACUCCUUAGAUUUAACUAAAACAUCACCAAAAUCCACUUACUCAACAACCUGAUCGUUUAAUCCAUCAAACUAUUUGCUAAAAGGAGUCAUCCGCGGGAUUAAACGAGAGUGGUGCCUAUGUUAAGUCUAUGAGAACUUCUUAACUAGCUUGAAAUUCCAACAACAACAUCGGCGAACAGCAAGGAUUAUUCAGGCCAAAAAGGAGAAGGAUUUGUUUUUAAUUUGGAAUAUUGUUCGUUUCGUUUGGUGUUUCGUCAUCCGGUCAAAUUGUGUAUUUCUAGGAUUUUAACUAUUUAUUGAAUAUUUUUAGAGGUAGAUAGCUGAUAGAGCUGAUCGAUCUGAUAGAUCUGAUAGAUCAGAUCUUGUAGGGAGAAGGAAACAUUUCAGGGCAUUAGUUACUUAAGUCACUUUGUGUAUCCCACGCGGCGAGUUGUUCACCGAUUUUCAUUAUGAAAAUAACGACAAUGAAGUUUAAGCGCAAAUAUGGCUGUUUAGAGAAUAUUUGAAACGAAUUUCUCACUUAUUAACCAAUUUGGAUUUUUGUUUCGACCAUCAUUUGUUACGUAGUGUUGUAUUUUAUAAGUUCCAAUCGAUUGUUUUGCACCAGUCGCCCAUCCAUCCAACCAUCACCCAUCCACCCAAUCCGAUCCACAAUCCACGAUUCGCAAUUGUUUUUUGGCAAAAGAGUAAACGAUAUUUAGUUAGCUUCUGAGGUAGACAAAAUCCGAGUAGAAGUUUGCAGUAGAGAGAGUUUUGAGUUUUGCAUUCAACCAACGACCACAAUCAAGAACCACCAUGGAGCCGUUCUCGCCGGAUCUACUAUGGAUGGUCGUCAUCGGCUUCCUGAUCGCGUUUGUCCUGGCCUUUGGCAUUGGAGCCAACGAUGUGGCCAACUCUUUUGGCACCAGCGUCGGUUCGGGUGUGCUUACCAUCCGCCAGGCCUGCGUCCUGGCCACCAUCUGUGAGGUCUCUGGCGCCGUACUGAUUGGCUACAAGGUGUCGGACACGAUGCGCAAGGGAAUCCUGGAAGUGGGCAUGUACGAGGGCUACGAAGAGGUUCUGAUGCUGGGCUGUGUGUCCGCCCUGGCCAGCAGUGCCGUGUGGCUGCUGGUCGCCACCUUCCUGAAGCUGCCAAUCUCGGGCACACACAGCAUCGUAGGCUCUACCAUCGGGUUCUCGCUGGUGGCACGCGGUGUGGAGGGCCUCAAGUGGUCCACGCUGGGCACCAUCGUGGGCUCGUGGUUCAUCUCGCCGGUGAUGAGCGGCAUUGUGAGCAUCCUGCUCUUCCUGGCCAUACGACGCUUCAUCUUGCGUGCCCAGGAGCCGCUCAAGGCGGGCUUCCGCUCGCUGCCCAUCUUCUACGGUGUGACAUUCUUCAUUAACGUCAUCAGCGUGGUGCUGGACGGACCCAAGCUCCUCUACAUGGACAACAUACCCACUUGGAUAGCGCUGAGUGCCAGCCUGGGCCUGUCCCUAUUAGUGGUGGUGCUUACCCAGCUGGUGAUAGUUCCGCUUCAGCGUCGAAAGAUCGAGAAACGCCUAAGGGCCGAGAAUCCGGUGAAGUUUAAUUUUGAGGACUCUGUGGAAUCCUCGCCAUCGGGCAGCCCCAAGAAGCAGCGUCGUCCGCUGUCGCUGGUUAGCGAGGGAAAGCCGCUGCCCGCCAUCGCCGAGAUCACCGAGCUGGUCUCGCUGAGCGACAACUCCCCCAAGACCUUUAAGCUGGCGCCCUUUGGACUCGCGGCCAAGAAUAACAACGCCCCCGGAGAGGAGUACAAGAUCGAUCCGCAGCUGAUCAAGAAGGCCGAGGAUCUGCUGGGCAAGGCCAGCUUGGACAACACCGAUCUCACCAUCACCAGCCUCAACUUCAUCGACGAGCAGCAGCAGCACCAGCAACAGCAGCAGCAGAACGGACGCAAGCUUCAGGAGUGCUUUAAGCGCGUUCAGUCGCCCAAGGAGGAGCACAAGUCGCAGCAGCAGGUGGCCAGCGGUGUGCCAGCCGCCGCAGCCGUAGCGGGGGCAGGUGGCAAGGCCACCAACAAUAAUCUGCAGGUGGUGGAGAGCGCUGGAAGCCUGGAUCUGAUGAUUAGCUCCACCCUGUCGCCCAACUCCAGCAAGGUGCCGCUGAUCGAGAGUAAGGAGGCGCUCAAUGAGCAAGAGGACGAGUUCAAGCGGGCUGCCGGUCGUCGUGCCAGCAGCGCUGAGGAGACCCAGGAGAUCUCCAUGCUGUUCUCGUUCCUGCAGAUCCUUACGGCCACUUUCGGCAGCUUCGCGCACGGUGGAAACGAUGUGAGCAACGCCAUCGGACCUUUGAUCGCACUCUAUAUGAUCUACCGCGAGGGAUCGGUGAUGCAACAAGCGGAAAGUCCAAUAUAUAUUCUAAUCUACGGCGGCAUCGGCAUCUCCGUGGGUCUCUGGCUGUGGGGACGGCGCGUUAUCGAGACCAUUGGCAAUGACCUCACCAAAAUUACCUCUUCGACUGGCUUCACCAUUGAAAUCGGAGCCGCCAUCACCGUACUGCUGGCCAGCAAAAUUGGCUUGCCGAUUUCGACCACACACUGCAAGGUCGGUUCGGUGGUUUUCGUGGGUCAUGUGAGUUCAGCGGGUCGCAAGAAGAACCCGGCGCAGGGUAAGAAGGAGUUUCGUUCGGGCACGGAAAAGCCAGCCCAGAAGCCAGCUGUGCCCAUGGAGGAUGGCAGCGUCGACUGGCAUCUGUUUAGGAACAUUGCCUACGCCUGGAUAGUGACGGUGCCCGUGACCGCCCUGCUUAGCGCCGGCAUGAUGUACGUGCUCUGCCUGCUGGCCGUGGAUGACAUGGGUCGGGCCUAGAGAGCUAGAGAGUCAUUCAAUUAUUAAUUGUAAUUGUCAAGCAAACUACAUGUAUCGUAAUUGUACAAGUUGGAAACACACAAAAAACCUAAGGUUAAUCACGCAAAAGAAAACAAAGAAGUGAGCAAAUCUAAGCAAAUUACUCGCCUAACUAAAGCAUUGUACUCGUACUUAGCUCCUAGAACGUUUCUGAUGCUAACCGAUAUUAAUAUGAUUUAAUAUUUAUACGCCAAGCAUGUCGUGAUCAUUUUUUUUUUACAACUCUGCGACUAUUUCGAGCCAAAUGAAGCGCAUCUCCAAUUUUUUUUUGUAGAACAACGAGAAGAUGUCCACGCCGAAUUCAAUAUAAUUUACAAUACUAUUAGCUUACGGGUAACUCCAUAUUCGCUCCCCCCACCCAAAAUAUGAACUCCCAGCAAUAGAACAGAGCAAAACACUUGAAUAAAAUACAAACUAUGUACAACAACAAAAGACCUCUAUAUGAACCUGGUCGAUUAUCACAA